AUUUAAGGCGAAUCCCAUGAAGCGCGCAUCCGUUAGAAAUUUGCAUGGGGCAUACCCGCCAGUGGAAUGCGCGCACCCGCUGUCCAUCUCGUAACUGCUGUCCAGCCUAAUUGGAGGACACUGCUGAGUAAAUGGGAAUACUGGGAGCGCGUCUUUGAGCUGCAGUUGGAAAGUGGAGCAGAGUGCGCACUCCUUUUCCUCAGGAGCAAAACUCUGCGUUGCUUUCUCGCUCAUAACAAGUUGAUGUUUAGGCGCAGCUGACUGGAGAAUGUUCUCAUUUAUAGCAGGUCGGAUUCUUUAUCGCAUAUUUUAAUUUGACGAUCCUGCUUUUCCAGUUGAUGCGGAGGAUAAAAGCAGAGUUUUUGUACAUGUAGCGCAGAAAGACGGAUUCUCCAGAGGCUUCUGUAAGAGUAACAGCCAUGUAUGCAGGACGCAAGAGGAGAAAACCCGUUCAGAGAGUGGUGAAGCAACCACCAACUGAGGGAUCGAAGUCCAAUCCAUCUAAACGACAUAGAGACAGGCUAAACGGGGAGCUGGAGCGGCUGGCCAGUCUGCUGCCGUUUCCUGAAGAGGUCACCGCCAGUCUGGAUAAACUGUCCAUCCUCCGCCUAAGUGUCAGCUACCUACGAGCCAAGAGUUUCUUCUCUGUUGCCCUUAACAAUCGAAAUGGAGUGAAGGAUGGUCACAAUAAAACAGGAGGAACAAAUACCAAGAUCCCCGAGGGUGAGCUUCUGCUGCAGGCUCUUAAUGGAUUCAUCCUGGCUAUCACUGCCAGUGGGACCAUCUUCUACUCUUCUCACACCAUUCAGGACUACCUGGGCUUCCAUCAGACUGAUGUCAUGCACCAGAGUGUGUAUGAACUGGUCCACACGGAGGACCAGCAGGAGCUCAGAAGAAACCUGGACUGGGCUUUGAAUCCUCCUGCUCCAACAUCCCCCAAAGAGAUGGAAUUUGACAGUAGCUCAUCUGUGGUCUCCUACAACCCGGAACAACUGCCCCCGGAGAACUCGUCCUUCCUGGAGAGAAGCUUUGUGUGUCGCUUUCGCUGCCUCUUGGACAACUCUUCUGGUUUUCUGGCUUUGAAUAUCCAGGGAAGACUCAAGUUCUUGCAUGGGCAGAACCAGUGGCAAGAAAACGGAGGGAAAGCUGCACCGCUGCUUGCAUUAUUCGCUAUUGCAACUCCUCUUCAGCCUCCAUCCAUUCUAGAGAUCAGAACCAAGAACAUGAUCUUUAGAACCAAACACAAGCUGGACUUCACCCCCAUGGCCUGUGACGCAAAGGGGAAGAUAGUGCUGGGGUACACGGAGGCUGAGCUGCGGGUGAGGGGCUCUGGCUAUCAGUUCAUCCACGCCGCAGAUAUGUUGUACUGUGCAGAGAACCAUGUCCGAAUGAUGAAGACUGGAGAGAGUGGUCUGACUGUGUUCAGACUCCUGACUAAGGAAAACCAGUGGAAGUGGGUCCAGGCCAAUGCCCGGCUGGUGUAUAAGAAUGGGAAACCAGAUUACAUCAUCGCCACCCAGAGGCCUCUUUUGGAUGAAGAAGGAGGAGAACAUUUGCGUAAGCGUUCUAUGCAUCUACCCUUUACGUAUGCUACAGGAGAAGCCCUGCUCUAUCAGUCCAAUCAUCCCAUCGCAGGCUUUAGAGAUGGAAGCUGUGUAAAAAAUUUUAGCAAGUCAAAGAAGAACCGGACUGAUAAGCUGCUGACGGAUGGUCUGGACCCGGGCUCCCUUCUUGGGGCACUCAUGAGUCAGGAUGAGUCAGUGUAUGUUUGCCAGUCAGCUGUGGAGCCCAAACUGUCAUUUCACAGCAGCGUCUUUGCAGAGCACAUUAGUUUCUCUGAAAGUGAACCCUCCAGCCUGCACAGAAGCUGGAAUGAACCUGCUAAUAGUGUCGUAGGUCCAGGUAUCACAGAACCAGGUACCAGCUUUGACCCACUGCUGGCUACUUUGGACUCGCUCUCUUUGGAGGGCCAAGGGGUUAUGGAUGCAGAAGAGAGGAGUUACUCAAACAGCGAGCUGUUUGGAGCUCUGGAAGGGCUGGGCCUGAGUGCUGAGGACCUGGAGUUGCUGCUGCUAGAUGAGCGUAUGAUCAGAGUUGAGAUGGACCCUGAGCACGUGCCCACUUUGGAUGAUCUGCUGACAAAUGAUGAGAUUCUCUCUUACAUCUAUGACUCGAUAGAAGGAAGGACUGAUUCCACCGUACAUGGAGGACAGGUACCUCCUAGCACUACCGCAGCAACCUCCACACCAGUGUCAUUAUCAGAAAAUAAUCUUGAUACAAGUGUGCAAAUGCAGUUUCGUCCCUCCAAGCCUCCAAUAAUGGAGCACACUCCCAUUGUCCAGCUAUCCCAGCAGAUGCAACAGCAUCUCAACAUGCGAUCCACUAAAGUACCACCUAACUGGGGCCAGCAGAGUGACCAUUUCCCCCACAGAAUAGUAAAUGGAGAGCUGCUGGGGCAAAAUCAGUCUAUUGCCAAUGGACAAUGGACAGCCCAAGACAUUCUAGUCCCAGCAGAGAUAGAGUUGGAACAACUGACCACACAGCAGACUACUUUCAAUGACAAGGCCUCAGACUUAAAUAGCAAGCUUCACCAACACUACCUUCAGCAGGAGCAGCAACCAAGGACCCAGAAGCAGCUCUCACAACAGUGCCAUGCCAAACAGACGGCAGCAAACCUUGACGGACGUUGUGGUCCGUCGAGCCCAGAGCAUUCAGCAGAAAAAAUGUCAUGGCAGAACUACAGCUUCAGCGAAAGCCUGGGCAGCAGUUUCUGCAUUGACAACAGCCAAAUCGCUCUUACAAACACCUCACUGGAGUCUUGCAGUGAUUAUAACAAGCCCACUAUGGACAGUGUGGAUUACACAGUCAGUGGAGGUGGUUUGCUUGAGAGAAGUGCAGAGCAACAGGGAGCUGAGUGCACAGUUGCAUCUUUUCGUGGAAUGAACCACAAAAGCCACCCAGAGCAGAUCCCGGGCCCCUUGUUCGAGGUCAUCUCCAGUCUGUCGCAGUGCCCUCCCUGCACUAGCUCCCUGGAGCAGAUUCUAAGAGUGGGUAAGCCCUGCUGCCACUUUGGCUUGGUGACCUCUGAGAUCCUUGAUGACCCCAGUCACACCAAGAUGGAAAAUGGCUGCGUGCUAAACAGUACUUACCCAGGAGGUUGUGCCCUGCCUAACAGGAAUGGAUCUGUGCCUCCUACUAUCCAGGUACCCAGCCCUGAGACUUUGCCUACACUUCCGGACCCAUCAGCCACCGGCUUCUACCUCUGACCAUCUGACCAGGGACAGUCAUGUAGCAGGACACUGUGAAUGGCCAGAAACAUCCAGUGACUGGACCAGCCUUAUACAUCUACACACCACAACAAACAAAGCUGAAGAAACGUAGGCCGACAUCUGUGUUGUCUGUUUUUGUCCUUUCAUUUUGACUUUGUAAUGUUGUGUCAGGGGAGGGGAUCACCGAGUUAUAUUUUAAGUCAUAUUAUCAUAUGAGUUCUUUGUUUACACUAAUGCAGUUAAGAGCGCUUAGCUUGUUUUAAGUAAAUAUGAGUCAUUGGAGGCUGGGUUUUAGAAAUCUGCAUUCAGAUACACUGUAAAACCAACGUGUUCUCGUCCUGGGACAUCAGAUUCUGCCGUGCUGUCUUAGUAUUGGUACUUUAAUGCGCCAGCAUGGCUUCAUUAGACACAGACACUGAGAACCAAGAAAUCUGUUUUCAAGAGGAAUUUACAAGUUAGCCAGCCAGGAGUCUGUGGUUCAUGUCCAUCUUCAGGAGUCUGUGGUUUGUGUCCAUCUUCAGGAGUCUGUGGUUUGUGUCCAUCUUCAGGAGUCUGUGGUUUAUGUCCUCUUCAGGAGUCUGUGGUUUAUGUCCUCUUCAGGAGUCUGUGGUUUGUGUCCAUCUUCAGGAGUCUGUGGUUUGUGUCCUCUUCAGGAGUCUGUGGUUUAUGUCCUCUUCAGGAGUCUGUGGUUUGUGUCCAUCUUCAGGAGUCUGUGGUUUAUGUCCUCUUCAGGAGUCUGUGGUUUAUGUCCUCUUCAGGAGUCUGUGGUUUAUGUCCAUCUUCAGGAGUCUGUGGUUUGUGUCCAUCUUCAGGAGUCUGUGGUUUGUGUCCUCUUCAGGAGUCUGUGGUUUAUGUCCUCUUCAGGAGUCUGUGGUUUAUGUCCUCUUCAGGAGUCUGUGGUUUGCACUUUCAUUACACUCAGUGAUUCUUUGCCUAUUCGUUUCAUACAGAUUAUUGAGACUGAAUCUACAGUUAUAUGGACCAAGAAUUUGGCCACAUCUCCUAAUCUUAGAAUUCAGGUGUUUUCAGCCCCAUUUCCAGGGGUGUAUAAAAUAAAGCACCUAGCCAUGCAGUCUGUCUUUACAACCAUUUAUGAAAGAAUGGGUCAUUAUAAGGAGACACUGAAUUUUUGCAUGGCACUGUAAUAGGAUGCUACUACUGCAGCAAGUCGGUUAGUGCAAUUUCUUCCCUCCUUCCUACAUAUAUUUUAUAAUCAAUUUUAAGGAGUAUUAUUAUAAUUAAGUGGAAGCUUUUAGCAGCCAGAGUAGGUCAGCCACUAAUGUGCCGUUACAGUGCUAAGGCAUACAGUGUGUAAAAGUGUAAUUUGCUUACUCAGUAACUGGAGGUCCAAACCUCCGGCAUUAAUGUAAGCACAAAAACUGUGGCAUGUGUUUCCAUGGCUCCUGUAGGUUUACUGUGUAGGUGCUCCAGUACUAGGGUAUCCAUGUAGAGUCUGUUAUGUAAAAAAGGUCUGAUCCAUCCAUCUAUCCAUCCAUUUUCUGCCCAUCUCUGCCCAGACCACCCUCCUCCAGCACCUCAGUUCAAUUUUAUUCAUACAUCCUCAAAUCACAACAAGAUUCAAGUCAGUGCACUUUAUACUGUAAGGUAGGCCCUACAAUAAUGCAACAGAGAAAUCCCCAACAAUCAUAUGACCCCCUACAAGCAAGCGCUUUGGCAUCAGUGGGAAGGAAAAACUCCCUUUCAACAGGAAGAAACCUCUGGCAGAAUCAGGCUCCGGGGGGGGCGGGGCCAUCUGCUGCGACCGGUUAGGGUGAGACACCAAGGUGUUUCCAAGAAAUGUAAUUUCUCCAGAGUAUUGUGGAUCUUCCCAGGGCCUCCUUCCAAUGGGACAUGCACUGAACAUCUUGAGCAUCCUGGUCAGAUGUCUUAAUCAUCUCAAUUGAUUCUUUUUAGUGUGGAGGAGCAGUGGCUCUAUUCCUGCUUUUUCCUGAAUGGCAGAGUUCCUCACUCUAUCUCCAAGGCUGAGCCUAGGUUCCCUUCAGAGAAAGCUCAUUUCCAUGUUGUAUCUGUGACCUCAUUCUUACGGACACUACCCAGAGCUUGUGACUUAGGUGAACGUAAGGGCGUAGCUAUAAUUCAACAGCUUUGCUUUUACACUCAGCUUUCCCCUUAUCAUGACAGACCAGUACAGCAUCUGCAUCACUGUAGAUGCUUCUCGAACCUGUCGAUCCAAUCUCUUGGUCCACUCCCCCCUAAAUCAUGAACAAGACCCCAAGAUCUGUAACUGCUCUACCAGGGGUAGUAACUCGUUCCCAACCCAGAGAGCCCUUUUCAGUCUGAGGACCAUGGUCUUGAAUUUUGAAACACUAUUUCUCAUCCCAGUUUCAUCACACAUGGUUGUGAACCAUGUGUGAUGAAACUGGGAAUCUCAAGAUCCUGUGACCACCACACCAGACCUCCUCUUGGCUGCACCUAGAAAUUUCGUCCAUGGAAAUUAUGGACGAAAUCAACAAAGGGACAAACAACAGCAGUCCCUUUGUUCAACAGUCACAAAGAACGAGUCUGACUUAUUGCCAACAAUGUGAACUGGGCUCUGGUAAUGGUUGUACUGGUUAGGCCACAGCAAUGGGCCUGAUACCAUAUACUCCCAAAGCACCUCCAACAGAACACACAGUUGAAUGCCUUCUUCAAGUCCCCAAAACUCAUGUAGACUGUUUGGGAACUCCCAUGCAUCCUCAAACAUCCUUGAGAAAAUAAAGAGCUGGUCCAGUGUUCCAUGAUCAGGAUGAAAACCACCUCAUGAAUCUAAGGUUCCACUAACAGGCAGGCGAAGUACCCAGGCUGAGGCUGAGAAGCAUGAGCAUCCUAAAGUUGGACCACACUUUGUGGACCCAGUCCUUGAAGAGGGGAACCCCCACCACCCCAGUCUCCCAGUCCAGAGGCACUGUCUCUGACUGCAACACAAUGUUGCAGAGGUGUGUCAGCUAUGACAACAGAGCCUGAGCCUUGACAAACUACCUCAGUGAACUUACUCACAGUCCUCUUAUACUACAAGAAGCCAUGUCAGUGGGAUUGAGGAGAUUCUUUGAUGUGUUAGUUCAACUGUCCUCUGUUGAGGUCAGCAUCCCCACUAUAGUCCCAUCCCCGUUAUAGACAGUGUGGACGGAAACUGCUUUCCCCUGACAGUUUGCCAGGCCAACCGAAAGGCUUCUUCCAUGGCCUCUCUUCUCCCAUACCUGAGUUUUUGCCUUGGCUACUGUCAGAGCUGCACUCUGGUUGGCCUGCUGGUACAGCUGUUCCAUGUACUCAAAACCAGUUUCAGUAACCAGGGAUCAGACCCCCACAUCCUUCAUCUUCUGUCUAAUCUAUGAUUGCUGUGUUGUAGAAUGCACAAUCAGACAGGUUUUAUAUCGUCUGUAUGAAUGUAGGAGAAGCUAGAGGAGCUCUGGAAACUUUUAUAUCUCUGAUAAAUGCAGUUCUUUUCUGGUGAUAUGUUUGUUGUUUCGUGGGAUCUUUCCUAAUAUGACUGUGGUUUGCUUUGCUUUGUAUCUGAAUGCACCAUACAAAUGCGUGAUUACAGGUGUUGGUACAGUUAACAGUUUUGCUCAUGCUACAGGAAUGUACUCGUUAAGUGUUUAUUGAUUUCGUUGUUGAAUGAUUUUCAACAAUGAGAUUAAUCCAUAUACAUUUGAAAAAAAGUAUAGAACAUGAAAAUUAUUUCUAGAACUAUCCUGCACUUUAUUUCUUAAACCCACCUAAUGCACACUGGUAGUCAAGGACACUGGGGGGUGGAAACCCUGAUUUAUGGGGUUCUUCCCAUUUCUGACACAGUCUUAUUUUGCAGUACACUUCAAAUGAUGAGUCCUCACAAGCACAAACAUGUCAUGUUAGUGUAAUCAUUUUUAUUUUUCUCCACUUGAAUUGUUUUUUUCUUGUUGAUUAUGUUGACAUUGAAUUGAACCUCUCAAAGAUUCGUUUUUUUAUAUGUGGUCACUGUUACAAGUUUACCUGACUUAUUUGGAAAAAAAACCCUUGUGUAUUUCUCUAUAUAUCAAUGUCCCAUGGGAAGUUCCUGAUUGUUUGGACGUCCAUAUGUAAGAUAUUGUCUCUACCUAGGCUGCACUUACCCCUUCCUCCCUGCUCUCACCUGCUCCAUAACAUCUACUAUACUAUACUAUAUACAAAUGGAAAACUCACAAUUUUAAGGGCAGAGCCUGAUAUCUUCAUCUUGAUAUCAUCUUGUUGUCAAACCAACCUAAAAUGUGAAAUAUAGUCAUUUAAUGACACACGGGUGACAAAUUAAAGGAAAAAUUGACACCUGUAAUGUGGGGAUUAUCUGGCAUAAGGGAAGCCUCACAUGUACAACCUGUUGCUCUUAAACCCUUUUUCAAUCCUAAGUGAAUCAGACACUGCUGUCAUUGGACAGUCCAGACAGACGGCUUCACUGUGCAUGAAAUCAGACAGAAUUUACACUUGGAUGAAUAUAAAUGGAUUAGUGUGUUUCAGAAAUUUGCCAUCCUGCUAAUAGUAGUCUAUAUGUGAAGUGUACAUGUGUGGUGUGGUUGUUACGGUUAUAUUCAAGUCAAUUCAUGAACAAUUAAAUUGAAAUGUGCAUUUGCUAUAAUUAGCACCAAAUUGUGAACAAAUUUCAGUAAGACAUCUUCUGUAAACAGAGCCACAUCAUAAUCUGCUCAUUUACAGACUUUGUUGUUGUGUUACAGACUGUUUGGAUCAUGGAAGUUAUAUCAGUAUUCAACCAUGUUUUUGGGGUAUUUACAUAUAACAUAGUGAAGAUACAAGGAGUCAGCUGGGGCCCCGGAGAAAACAGCAAACAUAAAAUAAGAGUGAAUAAAGCUAAACUACUGGCAAAAAGACUAUGGAUACAAAUGCUCUUUUUUUCACUGGGUAGGCAAAAACUGUAACUCAUCAGUAAAGCUGCUUUUGUGUAUGUGUGUAUGUGACAAUCUCUACAUUCAACAAUAGAAAUACGUGUUCUGUAGUAGAAAUAGAAAAUAAAAAAACAUCAGAGAAAUAGGAUGGACUACUUCCAUCAAGCCAUAGUCCACCAGAUGAAUACAAAGUAGCUCUGAGUGAUUCAAUUCAGUUUUAUUUAUAUAGCACCAAAUCACAACAACAGUCGCCUCAAGGUGCUUUAUAUUGUAGAUCGUACAAUAACAGAUACAGAGAAAAAGCCAACAAUCAUAUGACCCCCUAUGAGCAAGCACUUUGGCGACAGUGGGAAGGAAAAACUCCCUUUUAACAGGAAGAAACCUCCGGCAGAACCAGGCUCAGGGAGGGGCGGGGCCAUCUGCUGUGAUUGGUUGGGGUGAGAGAAGGAAGACAGGAUAAAGACAUGCUGUGGAAGAGAGACAGAGAUUGAUAACAGAUAUGAUUCAGUGCAGAGAGGUCUGUUAACACAUAGUGAGUGAGAAAGGUGACUGGAAAGGAAAAACUCAAUGCAUCAUGGGAAUCCCCGGCAGCCUACGUCUAUUGCAGCAUAACUAAGUGAGGAUUCAGGGUCACCUGGUCCAGCCCUAACUAUAUGCUUUAGCAAAAAGGAAAGUUUGAAGCCUAAUCUUAAAAGUAGAGCUAGUGUCUGUCUCCUGAAUCCAAACUGGAAGCUGGUUCCACAGAAGAGGGGCCUGAAAACUGAAGGCUCUGCCUCCCAUUCUACUUUUAAAUACUCUAGGAACAACAAGUAAGCCUGCAGUGUGAGAGCGAAGUGCUCUAAUAGGGUGAUAUGGUACUACAAGGUCAUUAAGAUAAGAUGGGGCCUGAUUAUUUAAGACCUUGUAUGUGAGGAGCAGGAUUUUGAAUUCUGGAUUUAACAGGAAGCCAAUGAAGGGAAGCCACUUUUGAAGUGAUCACUUUUAUGUUUUAUAUCCUAAUGAAUGUGCUCUCAAAACGGCAUAUAUAGAUUUUCCUUUAAUUUGUCACUUAUUGAUAUUUUCCCCAAAGUGUUUACCUUUUAAAUGGUAGAAAAUGAUGAAACAUGAGGUCUGUCAUUUCAGGUCUACACAGUUAAAAAAAAAGAAAGAAAACCAAAUGAAGUUAAAAAUAGAUCUUUAGUGGACAGACACACUUCUGAAUGUUUCUUGUACAGCAUAAAAUUACUCAGAAAUGAAGAUGAGUCAGAUUAUUUCAUCAAGAGAAGAUGCUGAAAAGAGAUUUCCAUUGUUCAAAUAAUGUUAUUAUUGAUAGAGCUGCUGUUAUUUUGACAUGUUUGCGAUGUGAAACACGUGGACGUUACAGGGCCUCCUUCCGUUACUAAACGUUACUCGUUUCUUUAUCUUUCUUUUUCCCACAGCAAAAAUGUCUGCUCUAUUUAAUAUGAUUGAUGUGACUUAGUGUGAAAAGAUGUGUAUUUAAAGUCAAACAAACAGGUAUGUACAUAGUUUUAUGUCAAGUCACUUGUUUCACUAUUUUUGAGACACCCAACAACCCCUUUGCUGGUUUUUGUGUUAUUUUCUAUUGUAAAUAGUACUUUCAUCACAAAGCACUGUACUCUGUGACAGCCUGAAAAUGGUGCCAUAUUACUGAACUUUUAUUCUGUCUUUACCUAACCACGGUAAUGUUACCAAGACAUGACAUGCUGUAGAUGUUGCAUAUUUGGCCUGUGCCCUUUGUUUCAGAAGCAUUUUUUCCUGUAAAAUAAGGAUUUCUGCAAACACACAAACAUCUUACAGACAUGGAACUAUGACCACUCAUACAUUUCUGUCUUUCAGCCCUCUAGUUUUGUAUUCACAUGAACAGUAGGGAUGUCUAACGUCUGUCAAUGAAUUCUUAUUGUGGACCCCUGACAUUUAAAGGUGCUAUACGUAGCAUUUGAACAAUAAAUAAACCUGUACCACAUUUAA